CUUGCCAAGGGUCGAUAGCAAAGUGGUUGAAGUGGCAAUUCGCAAAUGUGUACCAGGGACGCCUUGUACGGCGCAAGUCUCAUCCAGCAGUUACACUGCCGACGUGCCGCACUUGAUGGUUGUCCGUGAAGAUCACCCCUGUGGUGCCCCUCCUGAUUCCCAAUUCAAAGCAGCAGAAAACCCCGUUGGAGGAACGGCGGCUGUUGGAAACACAAGUUUUUUUGACUUUGGCAUUGCUGGGCCAUCCCCGGGACUUUUUCGCCUUUGCUUGUGCACUAUGAACUGUAAGCCUUCGCAACUCGUGAACCCCUUAGCUUUCAAUGAAGACGUCGGUGACUUGGUAAUUUCUGGCCCGCUGGAAGCAAAGCAAAUGCCUGCAUUCUGCAUCGCUGGCGGGCCUCCCUGCACUGUGAACAUCACUGCAAUUGGUGCCCAUCCAGGCGAUAUGCUUUCUGUGUUGCCAAGCGGAUCCAACUGCUCAUCGUCUCCUUUUGCGAUUGUCAGCCGCCAAAACAUACCCAAAAAUCAUGUCGUGACGACCCAUGGCAUCGGGACAGGGUCGAUUGAAUUUUUUCUGGACAAAGACGCAAUCUCUCAAAGCAGAUUGCCCUUGGCUUUAACAGAAACUUUUAGCAACUAUUUUGAUAUGGACAGUCACAACAAUAAAGAUGCUCAUUUUCUUUCCGGUAUUUUCUUCACCGAGAUUUCGCUCGGUGAACAGUCAAUGCCACCCAACGUGUGGGAAUUUUCUUAUGAAGUGUUGCAUGGCUUUGACAAAGUGCGGGCCAUGAAGUCGCUAGUUGCAACUUGGACUUUGCCAAUGGAUUUCUCAAAUGCAUCCUUCCAGUAUGUCCUACAAAGCAGCAUUGCUUUGCUUGCGAGAAACGUUUCCCUGACAGAUGACCUGGUCAUUUCAAAUUUCACGCAGAUGGCCAUCCAGCCGCUGACAACGAACGAGGCUGAGGUUUAUUUGGAUAUGAAGCAGGGAAAUGUUUCAAUCAGGGGACGCUCUCUUGGCAUGCUCCAGGGGAGCAGUUGGAGACGAUUGUCUGCAGAGGAUGAGCAGGUCCUUGAAAACUCCAGCAGUGAUGAUUCUGAGGCGGUGCCUAUCGAGUUGAAUUUGACGGAUGAUUCGGAUGCUGAUCCGGAUGCCCACAACCAAACCAGCAUCGAUAAUGACACUGCAGACUUGGUUGAGAUCACCUUGCGUUUGCGUUCGCCCAGCAUCAGCUAUUAUGAUCUGAUUAAGGCCCCUCAGCUAACUGCAAAGCUCAUAGCUGCCGUCCAGCACAGAUUUGCAGAUCUUAGUGGCACGACUUCCAAAAAUGUGCAUGUUACUCUGGCGCCUGGUUCAUUGCUGAUUUUUGUCACUAUUGUGGUGCCAGACAAUGCAGCAUUGCAAAUCCGAAGCAAAAUCAUAGACCAGGUUGACGAUGGAACGGUUGGAGACACUUUGGCAAUCGACAUUAGCUCAAUCCCCGGGAUUAGCAGCGUCUCGUUUGGUCCCAUCACAAUAAACACCGAAGUGAUUGAUGGACACACCUUAGAUUCUACAGCUGCCAACACUACGCUCAGCACACUUGCCAAACGCGCUCCCCUCCUGACAAGUUAUUUGGCUUUUGAACUGAACCUUUUUGGGGGAAACUGGCUCUUGUGCUACACAUACGGUGGCGUCAGUGGCGACAGCUCCAUGAAAGUUGGAGACUUGCCAAUUUUUGGAGCAGGUUUGCUGCGGAGUGUCGGUCAGCGCCCAAGAGUGGGCCACCCCUUCGUUUUGGAAGUCUAUGCCCCUUUGGGAGGUUUGCUGUUGGAGGACCGCUUGAUGAUAACGGAUGCUGAGGCUCCCAUGUGCGGAGCGGCGCUUCCAACAGAAAACUUUGAAGGUGUGUUGGGCUUGCCAAAUGUUGGCUCCACCGGAAAUGCCAAUACAUCACUUCAAUGGGAGAACCUAUCCAUCAAACAAGCUGGUGUGUACACUGGAUGCUGGUGCUGGAGUGGGCGAGGUGAAUGCUCAACUAUAUCGCCGGGCAAUGAUAUCAAUUAUACAAGUGAACUGUUUAGCCUCGAACUGAACAAUUUCACAGUACAUGGUCCUUUAGGCUUUCAACCUGCACGCGUUGCUGCAGGAGACAGCUUCAAUCUGUUGCUCUCCGGAAUUGAGCUCAGCUCACUCGACGUGAUCCGAUUUGUAAAUGGAUCCGUUUGUGGUGGGCCGUCCGCACUGGUAGCCGAGAAUGGUGGUGAUUUCGAAGGCAGUCAAGGAGAUGAAUCUCUCCGAGUUUGGCCAAACCUUACAUUUUUUGAGUUCGGUUCCUACACUGUAUGUUGGUGUUACAUGUCUGAUUCAGGCUCCAAAAACUGCUCAAAUGAUGAGGAGGCAGACUUUUCCGUUGGAACACUGGAAGUUUGGGGGCCGGUCAUUGCAGAGCACCGAUGCACCAUGAGCAGCCUAUGUGCCAUUGGAAUUUACGGGGUGCCUAGCCAGGAACCUUCCAGCAUUCUUCUGCGAAGUGGGCAGGCACUCUGCGAAAAUUCAAACGCCCCGGUAGUGGAUGUGCCUGGGUUGAUAAACCCACAAAGAAGUCAGGCCGCAAGGGCUGGAUUCUACAAUCGACUGCGUUUCAGCCCAGUUCGAGCAAGAAGUGGUCGGACAAUUCAAUUGGCAGAGUUGGUCUUUUACUUCAACAGGUCGCAAGUGGACAUGCACGGAGCUUCCACAAGACGUUUGCAAGACGGACGAGGCCCAAUUUCAGAAGGUCCAGAGUUUGCAGUUGACAAGAGGCGAUCUACUAAGUUUUUGGACUUCGAUGGUGUUGGAUUUGAAAUUUCGCUGGCAGUCCCAGCGCGCAUCGAUGCAGUUUCCUACAUCACUGCCAAUGACAGCCCAGAAAGGGAUCCAACAUCUUUCCUGUUGGAAGGUUUUACAGACAAGUGGCAUGUAUUGGCAGCCCCCGAGCGCUUGGCUCCUCCACUUGCACGCUUCACAGAGACUGAAAGCAUUCCUUGCGUGGUGGGAGUGCCUGGUGAUGAGACAGUGGCGCAGACUGUAUACUCCUUGGGCGUGCCGAUCGGAACAAGCCCUGGGCUAUCCACCAUUUGCUGGCAGCACAAUGAUGAUGCUGUGUUUGCAGUGCAAGCAGGAAACCUUGAGUUUGCCGGUUUGAUCAGCCACCAGACACAGAAGACGCAGAAGUGUUUUCUUGGACAACGCUGCACGUUUGGUCCAAUGACGGGCUACUCGCUCAGCUCUGCAGAUCGAGUUGUAGCUAUCCCAGCAGCAGAGCACUGCAGCCAAGGCUUUGGCCCGAUCAGCACAGCCGCUGUUUCCUCCCGCCCUUCCUGGGCAGGCCCUUGGAUGGUGUCUCUAUCUGAGCUAGAUGGCUUUCAGGCGGUCACCGUGGACUGGAUGCCUGGUGCAAUAUACUCUGGGAAUUGGAAAUUGUGCUACUGUGUCCACACCGACUUGGGUUGCACUGCAGCAGCAAGCUACACAAUUGAGAUGGGGCUGUUGGCUGUGGUGGGCCCAUUCUCCUUAGGAGGGCAGAAUUUCUCCUGUUCGAUCCAUUCACCAACUUGCUCUAUUGGUCCAUUGACCGGGCAGGGUAUUUCAGGGGCUGACCUCAUUCUCUUGGCUCCAGCUGGCGAGGCUUGCGGAAACCUUUCAACUGCUUUGCCAGAUGCAAUUGGGAUGUCUGACUUGGCUGGCUUAGUUCUUGAGGCCACAACUGUUACACAAAGGACACAGGCUGCAGAGACGCUGACGUUCACCCUGGACAAUGCAUCAGCCCGCACUCAAGUUCCAGGUUCCUGGGUGAUAUGCUAUUGCGUUGCAGAUGGUAACCGCAGCGACCACUGCAGCGAUGAAGCUGCUUUUUCUGCACUCGUAGGCCAUUUAGUGAUAGUUGGUCCGGAACCGAAGCCGUAUCAUUGCACCCUGGGACUUCCAUGCCAUGUCAAGCUUGCCGGUCACGGUCUGCACAUCAGCAAUGCAAUUAUGGUCAUUGACAGCAGUAACAGGUGUGGAUCUGCUUCUGCUUUGCCUUUUGAAGAGCACGAUGGUGUCACGUGGCCCCAGAGAGCUCGAGGUCAGGUGGGCGAAUUCUAUGCAGGGAUUCCUACCAGUGGUCCUGUUGGUUCAGUUGGACGGUUGUGUUGGGCUGUUGGUUGGUCUCACUGGCAGGACUUUGCAGUAGAGGUGGGCGCCUUUGAGAUGUUCGGCCCACAGCAGGGUCGAAAUUUCACAUGCACGUUUGGGAUCCCGUGUUCCCUGAAUGUCCUCGGGCAUGGUUUGUCCCUGUCAAGUGAAGUGUGGAUCAUUGGAGGUGAAAGGUUGGUUAGUGCAACUUGGGAAGCCAAUGCCCUAGACCGAUCGUGUGCUGUGGCUGCCCAAAGCGAUGAAGCCCAAAUUGAUGGCUUUGCAAAUCCACUGGCACCGCAACAAGUUUCAGACUCACAGGCUGCCUACAAUCCAGGAGUGGCCAGGGGAGGGCAAGUUGGACCAUUCUUCCGAAUUUGUUGGCGUCAUUCACAGGUAACUACAUUUGCCGUUGAGGUUGGCAGGUUUGCGUUGCAGGGCCCGCAGGCUACCAGCGGUUUCUGUGUGAAGGGCUAUCCUUGCAAUGUAACCCUGGGUGGCUUUGGGCUCAACUCGAGGAACACUUUGAGAGUUAUCGAUGAGAAUUGCACCAAUGGAACAGACCAGUCGGUUGAAAAUGCCACCGAUGAUGCCGGAUCUGAUACCCGUGAUGGGCUUGCUGACAUUCUGCCCAUGCAGUUUUACCCUGAUGCAACAGGCUUGCUCGGCACUACAGAACCCUUGAAACCACGAGAUGGAACGGAUAAUAUUUAUGACCUUGGAACAGUCACGCGAGGUUUGCCUGGCACGAAAUUAUUCCUGUGUUGGUCUGGAGAGCUGGCAGGAGAACUCACGCCGAUUGGAUUUGUGCAGCUUGCUGGUCCGCAUGAUGAUCAGGACUUGGCCUGUGACAGUGGAAGGCCUUGUGAGCCGAACAUCUUGGGUUUCGCCAGUCCUUUGUGGCGGGAGUAUUGGUUGGUAACUGGGACAGGUCAGUAUUUACCAAAUUUCUCGAUCUUUCUCAGCACCAAAUGUGAACCUGUCUGGGGGCGCCAUGGUGGCGAUCUCACUCACACAUGGGAAAGAAUUCCCGGAGCAGAGAAAGGGGUGGUAUACUUUGUCUCUGGAAAAUUGCAAGCUUGCCCAAACUAUGCGCUACAUUUACACCCUGUUGACUGCAGUGUCGUUGCAACCCAGUGGGAAGGAAAUGACAUGUCGAAAUCAUGGAUAGAGCUUUCGAACGGUGCCAGUAGCCCUGAGUACUGGAUUUUGACACCAAGCAACGCUCCGUGUCCAUCCAAAAUGCUCACUGCCGAAGCUGGCACAUUGCGCGGUACCGAUUUCUUUCGUAGCCCACUUACCCAGUGGAAGAUACCUGGAAGAGAUGCAUCUCCUUGGCCACACCGGAGUAGUUUCCUACUCCUUCCGCAAGGGUCAGGUUGCAAUGCCUCCACUGCCAUUGAAAAGGAAGGCCUUUCGAAUCCAUCGCAAUGUUGUGACCGUGCCAGGGAACAAGAGUUGCAGCUGAUGGUUUCCUUUGGAAGCUUUGGGACAGGAUCCGGCAGGUAUGAUGUGUGCUGGGGGCGAACCUUCGGCGAUGGUUUGAAUGGUGGAGCUGACAGCCCAUUGCCAGCUUCGAGCUUUCCUAUUUUUGUCGGAGUUUUGUCACUGCUGGCACCUGAAAGUCUGGGUGUUGUCCAGUGCACGCUUGGCCUCCCAUGCUUUGUGACUCUUUAUGGUCUAGGGUUGUCUGCUCUUGACUCGGUGGUGGUACAUGCCGGCAGCAGCUGUGAGUGGCCUGAUUUGCCACCCUUCGACAUGGAGGGUGCGCCAGAUUGCUCAAUCACGGGUUCUGACAGUUAUCUGAAGGCAGAGCUUGUUGCCAACCAGCGUUUGAUUGUAUCUACCACCUGCCCCCGCGGAGGCUAUGAAGAGUUUGGGAUGGCCAAACCAAAGGCACUGCUUCGCUCCUACUCUUUUCCGAGAGUUGCUCAAGUGAUGGAGUAUUCCUUCUUGCCUCUUCCAAAUGGGAUUGCAGGCGUGGCCUUGGACGGACUGGCCAUUUCUGGAGCGCCUGCUAGCAAAACUUUGUGGGAGCAAAGCCAAUGCGGACUCGUGAUAAAGCAGGCAAUGGCUGAAUAUGCGUUGACCCCUGGUGGUCGUUGGAGCGAUGGCCCAUGUGAAGUGGUCAAGUCUUGGGCUUUGGACUUCGGUAUCUUCGGUGCUCUGAAUUCAUCUCAUGAGCCAAUGCUUGGAUUCAUGAUGGACGGUGUGCCCCUCUUCGCACCUCUAUCAAACCUUAGCAACUUUAGUUUGGAUUCUUGCGGAGGCCACACUGAUGACUUACCAUUUUACCACUAUCAUGCAGCUGACUCGUUUGACAGCUAUUCGGGGAAACUCUUAGGCUGCUUGCGAGCAGCUGCAUCUGGAGGGAACGGAUUUGCUGUGCCGCCGCCACGUAUUUCUUGGCCACCAAUGAGUCCCCAGCACUUCUUUGAAUUGGAUAACCUGAUGGCAAGGGCAAGUUUGAAUUAUGGCCUGGAGGAAGUUCUUUGGACCAACGCCAGAACUGCUGCCAGGUUCUUGCCGCAAUCAUUGGACAAUUCCAGCGAAGCAGUGUACUCUAUCCAAAGACCUGCUGAAGUAUUAAAUUACUCUGUUUGCUGGGGCCGUGGGCUCACAUUGGACGAGCAUCAAGUCUAUUUGGGGUCUUUGAUUUACAUUGGCCCCUUCCAGAAGGACUACCUGUGCAUACUGACGCAAGAAUGCAUAUUGCAAAUUGAGGGGGCUGGGCUAAGCAUUCAGAGCUCACUCUUCAUUAGUAACGACACAUGCGAGCUUCCCAUAUUUUUGUCUCUGAAUGGGUUGAGUCAGAUGCCAGCUCAACCUGUCUUAGGAGCUGGCAACUUUUCCUUGUACAACUUGGGCGCCAUACAGAUGGCUGUAGUCGGACCGUCAUUCACCAAGAUUUGUUGGUCAGAUUUCCCUGGAAAUAUUGUGGAAGUUGGCACUCUUGAAUUCCUUGGGCCAGCCAGGCUCGAUCAAAAUUUCACUUGUUCACCUGGGCAAACAUGUAACCUUAGGGUGGAGGAGUACGCUUUGAGCACCUCUCCUUCAUUGCUGCGUGCCGGGACAUCGUGUGCGCAGACCAUUAUGGAAGGUCGUCGCAUCUCUGCGGUAACUCUGCAAGUGACAAGAAAGGAGUUCUCCUGGACAAUGGACUAUUCUUUUGGAAUCAUUCCUGCAGAUGCGGAUCCUGGACAUUUUAUGCUUUGCUGGUAUCCAAUCAGUCCAGAGAGACUGGCUGAAGGCUUUCCAGGCUCUCCAAUUUCCAGCGGCAUUCCAGUUGGCAUGCUCACCCUCCGAGGGCCCACAGAGUUACAAGUGCAUCCUCCUGCUGUUGCUGGGAUGUUUUUCCGGCUCCAGCUUUUUGGUGUUGUUCUGUUGGACACAGAUGAAAUUCGAAUUCUGGACAACUCUUCUGCAUGCGGAAGCGAUAGUGCUUCUAACAAUUCUCAAUACGUGAGUUUUGGUUCAAGUCUGGCAAGGGAGGUCCGAGAUAUUUUGAUUGACCAUGAGGAACCCAACUCCAGUACAGACACUUCGGAUGGCUUGAGAGAGAGCGAACAUGAUAGCAGCACGGAAAGCAGCACCAGCAGUCCGAAUUUGGUAGAUCCAGAUGAUGCAGCUCCUGAAAAUAGUACAGACUUCUCCGAUGGGCUAAUAGAAGAUCCAGAAGACUCGGACGGAGGAGUUCAAGUGCGUGGCAGGGUCGCCAUGUCAGUAGGCGUGUGGGAGAAUGUAACCAUUCAAGUGGGCGGAGUUUUCAAGGUAUGCUGGUGUCCCGGGCACCAUGCGUGCAAAGAAGACGCAGAUUUUGCAGUGAAUGCAGGGUCUAUUGUGGUGAGAGGUGCUCUGCCCCUUUCACAAACAGAAAUGGCUGCAGGAACGCCGUUCCUUUUGCAGAUCGAUGGCCUCAUGCUGAGCACUUUUGACCGCAUGCACAUCAUUCCAUCUGGUGUCGGUUUGCAGUGCUUCAAGGCACAUGAGAGGCCAUACCAGCAUGAGGCCGGGGUACAAUUGCAGCUUACUGUGUCUGAAGACGGGACUGAAGCAUGGGCAAACGCUACCAUCAUGACCGCUGGACUCUACGAAGCAUGUUUUUGUCCAGGGACUGUCGAUCGUUUGGAUCCAUGUAAGGAUUUCAGCCACAUAGGCGACUUGAUUGUGCUACCUACGGCGUAAGAUUUAAUCUCACCAAAAGAUGACAAGGCUUGCAAAUGCAAGGCUUGCAAAAUUCUUGCAUGGUCAAAAAGCAGCCAACAGGACAUUUGGCAGGAU